AUGCCCAUCGACCUCAGGAAAGCCCUCGAUACCGACAACCCCAAGUGGGACAAGCUCAAGGCAAACUACAAAAAGGUAGAGACUGGAGCAUGGAGGGCGCUCGACCCCGUGGGACGAUGGACCAACCGCACCGCGGGCAAGUUCGGCGCCGAGUCCUUCUGGCCCACCGAGAUGGACCUCGAGUGCGACAAGGCCGCCCGCAUCCUCCGCACCUUUGCCACAAAGGGCGCUCAGGUCGAGGUCGACGCCUCCCAGGCCGACGUCCUCACAGAUAAGACCGCCGCCGUGCCCCCCACCCAACAGCCUCAGGUCGAUGCCAAGGGCAAGAAGAUCAAGGAUCCGCACAAGUACGAUCACAAAAAGACCCAGAAGGUGCUGCGCAGGAUCAGCCCCAAGGUCCUCAGCCAGGCGCAGGGUCUGGCCAUCUUUACCGUCUUCCGCACCGGCUUCGGCUUUUCGGGCGCAAGCGGCUCGGGCGUGGUGCUGUCCCGCCUCCCCGACGGAAGCUGGAGCGCACCCUCGGGCCUCCUCGUCCACACCAUCGGAUGGGGCUUCCUCAUCGGCCUCGACAUCUACGACGUCGUCAUUGUCCUCCGCAGCCAGAAGGCGGUCGACGCGUUCAAAAACCCCAAGAUCAGCCUCGGCGCUGAGCUCACCGUCGCUGCAGGGCCCGUCGGCGAUGGAGCCAUGGUUGAGACCGGGGUCGACCGUUCUGCCAGCUGGUCCUAUAUCAAGUCCAAGGGCUUCUAUGCGGGCGUGCAGCUGGACGGCACCGUCGUGCUGAAGCGCGACGACGCAAAUACGCGAUUCUACGGCAGCCCUCUUCCGGUCAAGGACAUUCUCGAGGGUCGACUGCAGGCGCCCGCACCUGCUGCAUGCUUGCCGCUGUGGCAGACCAUCUACGCCGCCGAGGGCCGUCCGCAGGUGAUGGGCGUCGACCGUAUCCCUCAGGGUGACAUGUCCACGCCCGGUGAUCUGGUCAUGACCGAGGAUGACUUCAAGCAGGCCAGCGUCGUCGCCGAGCAUGGCGGCAUGCCACACGGCGACUUGGCUUCGGGCGCGGGAGCGAGCGCCGUCGGAUCGACGAUGGCCCCGGGAUACGAUGUAAGCGUGGGCGCAGCGAGCGGUGCCCUUCCGACUCGAUCUGACUCGAAGAGGGUGGUUCCGCCGCCUCCUGGGGCUGGCGCAUCUGGCGCGGCUGCCCCCGCCCCCGCCCCCGCCCCCGCGCCCUAUGGCGGAGAGCUGCCUCCCGACUACGACUUCGCCAGCGCGCCCCUCAACGCGCAGGGCGGCAAGACGUUCAACGACGCGCCAUCAGGCUACACCAAUGUCCCCGCAGCGGCCGUGGCCUCGGGCGGCAUGGGUGGCGCGGCCCCUCCGAACCCCUUCGCAUCGCCCUCUGAUGCCUCCGCCCCCGUUGGCGGUCACGAGACGGCCGAGCAGGAGAAGGAGCGUCUGCGCCAGCAGUACGCCCAGAACGAUGCCCAGUACGACGCGCCGCCGGCCGGACCGGCCCCCUCGCAAAGCGGCGGCGCCACGAGUGCUGGCCUGCCCUCGAGCGUCGAGGCCCUGUACGACUUCGAGGGGCAAGAAGCAGGAGACCUGCCGUUCAAGGCAGGGGACGUGAUCCAGGUCGUCGGCAAGGAGGACGAGAGCUGGUGGCGCGGCAGCCUCAAGGGCAGGCAGGGCAUCUUCCCCAGCAACUAUACCCGGCCGCUCUAA